GUCACUUUCUGCUGCUAAAAAGUGUUUCGGUGGUGGAGUUCAGACGGGGUCCGAGGGGCAAUGUUCAUACAAUUAUAUACAAUACCUACGGUAAUUACCUAAAGUACAUACAAUACAAGUUGAGUACGGAAACAUUUGUACUAAAAGGCCGUGUAUUCUCCGCUGUCGCAAAACACAGAUACCUCCAAGGCUAUGUACUUAUCUAAACUUUAGUAACCUUGAUCUUUUUUCCAUCUCAACUUUUUCUUUCCCUUUUCCUCUUACUGUAUUGCCUUACUCUCCUACUCUUACUCUCUUACUCUCUUACUAUUCCACUCAUCUUGCCAACCUCUCCUACUCAUUAACAAGUUGGUGGGGUUGUUUCCAUCUCGACCAACUUCACUGACUUCCCCUGUUGCAAAACCUUUGUCGUCAGUCAAAAACGAACUCUUUUGAGCGAAUUCACCACUUGUUGCGAAACUCGAUAUCCAAAUUGACAACGUCUAUUAACGUUUUACCCUCUUUCCUACACUGCUUAUUCUAUUCGUCUACCGUUACCAAAAUCAACCAAAAUCAAAAUGUCUUUCUCCAGUCUUGUCCAAGAUUUAACCAUUCGCGACGGAAAUACCCCACGUCAGCCUCGAGCCACUACUUCUUCUGCUUCUACCAUGGAUGACCGAGCUUCCCACAUCUCCCGAGCCAUGUCUUACGCAAGUACGGCAGCUACUAGUGUAAGCAUCGCUGGCGAUAUCUCUAGUCAGCUCCACGGUGGUUACCACCAUCCCCUUGCUCGAUCCUGGCAAGCCGAGCGACAAUUGACCAAGUCAAUGUUGAUCUACCCUCUCUUUAUAUCCGAUAUCGAAAAUGACGAGACUUUAAUUCCCUCCUUACCCGGCCAACACCGCCGAGGUGUUAACAAGUUGGUCCCAUUCCUCGAACCCUUAGUACGAAAGGGUCUGCGAUCAGUCAUUCUCUUUGGAGUUCCCCUCAAGCCCGGCUGCAAGGAUGCCCUGGGCACUGCUGCCGAUGACCCGAAAGGUCCAGUCAUUCAAGCGAUCCGUUUGUUGCGACAGAGGUUCCCUCAGUUGUUCAUUGUUGUGGAUGUUUGCCUCUGUGAAUACACGUCGCAUGGUCACUGUGGUAUCCUCAGAGACGACGCUACCUUGAACAAUCAGCUAUCGGUUGAUCGCAUCUCUGAUGUCGCCAUCGCCUAUGCCCGAGCUGGUGCCCAUUGUGUUGCGCCAUCUGACAUGAACGAUGGCCGUAUUCGAGCUAUCAAGUUGAAGUUGAUCGAGGAGGGAAUUGCGCAUAAGACUUUGUUAAUGUCAUAUGCUGCCAAGUUCUCCGGCUGCCUUUACGGCCCCUUUAGGGAUGCUGCUGGUUCGGCGCCUUCAUUUGGCGACCGAAGGUGCUAUCAACUCCCACCCGGAGGACGCGGGCUUGCACGACGAGCCAUAGUCAGAGAUAUUGGCGAAGGAGCUGAUAUCAUUAUGGUGAAGCCAGCUGCCCAGUAUCUCGACAUCAUUAGCGAUGCGAAGGAGCUAGGCAAAGACCUCCCCGUUGCUGCAUACCAUGUAAGUGGAGAAUAUGCGAUGGUAUACGCUGCCGCAAAGGCUGGUGUAUUCGACCUCAAAACGAUGGCCUUUGAAGUCACCGAGGGAAUCCUCAGAGCUGGUGCCACGAUUAUCAUCAGCUAUUUCACACCGGAAUUCCUAGACUGGUUAGACAACUAGUUGCCCUCUCCGAAGAACUAAAAGAAAUGGUGGGAGCGUUAUAGCAUAGGUUGGUGGAGUUACUGGCGUUUAAAGAGAUAGGCUAUCUGGCAUGCCAUUGAAGACGACAUCACGAAUAUUUGACAGCAUUUUGCUUUUGACGUCGAUACCAUUUAUCGGUUGCAUAAAUAAAGUCGUUAUCUUAGGUUUCUAUAUCCAAUUAACUCGUAGAGAGGCAUGACAAUGCCUUGCAGAUUAAUUAAAUCCAUACUACUAGUACUAGAACAAUAUAUUUUAUGAAUAACCGUAUGAUUCCCAAUGGGGAGUAUGAAAGCG